AUGAAGUCGGCGGGAGGCAAUGGCCCCCCUUCAGCUAUCGGCGCACGUCCCGAAAAUCCCCCCGGACCCCCUGGCGCGGGUCCUUCCCCCCAAUCCCCCGCUCCCCAGUUCUCCCCUCAUCGCCCACACGGCUUUCCGCCGAACCCCGGCGCGCCACACUUUGCGCGGGGUCCCCCCGCGCGCCCAGGCCCCUUCCCCGGCGGAAUGCCCGUGCCCAUUGCGCCUCCGCCGCCGCCCAGACCGGGGGGAGGCCCACCACGGCCGAUGCUGGGACCUGGUGCCGGACCUCAUCCCGGACCUCAUUCCGGACCUAUUCCCGGACCUGACUCCGGUCCUCCUGGUUUGGGUCUCCACGGCUCGGGACCUCCGGGGGUAAUGCCUCUGCGAGGGCCCAUGGGGGGGCCAAUGAUGGUGCGCCCAGGCUUUCCGCCGAUGCAUCUCCCCCCUGGUGCGCAGGGUUUCCCGGGGGGCGGUCCCCCCGGGCCCCCCGGCCCCCCCGCCCCCCCGGGGCCUCUCCCCGGUCCCCCCGGACCUCCCCCGGGUCCCCCUGGUGCGCCGUUCUCCGGCGGACCUCCCCCGCAGGCAGGCGCGCCUGGGGGAGGGUUUCCGCCGCAGUUCCCCCCACAGCAGAUGCGGCCGCAGUUUCCGCCGCAAAUGCAGCCGCAAAUGGCGCACGGGCAGCAACAGCACCCGCUGCCGCCGCCGCAGCAGCAGCAGCAGCAGCAGCAGCAGCAGCAGCAGCAGCAGCAGCAGCAGCAGCAGCAGCAGCAGCAGCAGCAGCAGCAGCAGGGGGGAUGUGCAGGUAUUCUGGGGAGGAGCAGCAGCAGCGGAGCUAGUGGCGCAAGCGGGGCAACCCUAGGUCCGGGGACGGGGGUGGUGGUCGCGGUGGUGGUGGGCGAUGGUGCAGGGGGAGGCGGAGGCGCGGGGGCGCGCGGGGAGAACGCGGAGGGAGAGGGGGAAGGCGGGAAUAAGCGGAAGAAAUCCCGCUGGGAUAUUGAUGCGGCUGCCAGGGCGGAGGGUAAAGCGGGUGGGGGAGGGGAGGGAGCGGAGGAAAGGGGGGAAGGCGGGGGAGGGGGGGGAGGCGGAGAAGGUGGGGAAGAGGGGGGGAAAGAGCGCGGGAGGGUCGCUGCAGAGGCAGGAGGUGGUGCUGGAGCCAAUGGGGGUGUGGCACGUGGACAGUGGGGGAGCGAGGGGAUGGGGAGUGCGGGGAGGGGAGGUCUAGAGGAGGCCGUUCAGUUCGCUGUAUUGAAAGACCAGGUGCGUUGGAGGGGGGAAGAGUGUGAGGACGGUGGGUGGGGAAAAGGGAAGCGGGGAAGGAGCGGGGUACAGGAAAGGGGAAGUUGGGAGCCGUGGAGGGGAAGGAAGGGAUGCAGUGCGGGGGUGAAAGGGAGAAGGGAGGAGGGGGCAGAAGAGCGGGCACGAGUCCGGGGCCAGGCAGCAUCAGGGGACAUGGACACAUCAGCUGACCCCCAGUCGCUGCUCAACUCUCGCCACGACCCCAACGCCCUCAAGGGCAAGCUGCUACAGAUGACAGCAGAGCACAGGGCAGAGGCGGCAGAAAGGCGAGAGAGAGGAGACACAGACCACCACCACCACCAUGAGCAAUAUCACCAGCAGCACCACCAGCACCACCCGCAGCAACAGCAGCAGCAGCAGCAGCAGCAGCAGCAGCAGCAGCAGCGGCAGCGGCACCAGCAGCAGCAGCACCACCACCAGCAGCAGCAGCAGCAGCAUGAGGAGCAUAUGGAUAUAGGCAACGGGUAUGGCGUGCCUGGUGGGAGUGCCUCCAUGCCUCCUCCUCACGCUGCUCGCCGCCCCAUGUUCUCGCUCGUCCCUGAACCGGACUUUAGCCACCCGAGACGCAGGGAGCAUGCAGAGCAGCAGCAACAGCAGCAGCAGCAGCAGCAGCAGCAGCAGCAGCAGGGGGGACAUCAGCAGCAGCAGCAAGGAGCUGGAAAUGUGUCAGGAGCAGCAGAGAAAGGGCCGGGUGAUGGGGAAGGGAGGAUGGGGCCACCAACAUCGCCAUCUGCAGCAGCAGCGACAAGAACAGGGAAUGAGGGCGGUGGGGGGAAUGGAGGUGGGGGAGGUGGAGGAGGAGAAGGAGGGGGAGGCGGAGGGGGAGGGGCAGGGGGGGUGUCAGCGCUACCAGCCGCGUUGCGGGAGCGGCUGCGAGCUCGAGGCAUUCUCAAGGAGGGUGGUGGGAAGACUCACGCAGGGGGGACUGCAGCAACGGGCAGUAAUAAUACCUCUGCUUCUGCUACUCUGGCUGCUCCCACAUCGUCUCUCCCUCCUGGCUGGUACGAGGGGGUGGACGAGGCAACAGGCGUGAAGUAUUAUUUCAACGAGCACACAGGCAUGAGCCAGUGGGAUCCACCGGUUGCCGCGCCCAAGAGACCUAUCCCCCCCCCGCCUCCCCCGCCCGUUCUCACACCUCUGCCCCCCGGGUGGGAGGAGGCUGUGGAUGGUGAAUCAGGUCACAAGUACUACUAUAACUCCACCACCAAUGACACCAGCUGGGAACGACCCAAGGCACACGCAGGCACAGGAGGAGCCGGAGGAGGAGGGGGUGGGGAGGCGAAUGGGAAUGACAGUAGCAGUGGUGCUGCUGGUGGCAGCGGUGCUGCUGGUGGCAGUGGUGCUGCUGGUGGCAGCGGUGCUGCUGGUGGCAGUGGUGGGGUGAAGUUCAAGCGGUGUGCGGGUUGCCAGGGGGAGCUAGGUAUAGUGGUGCCUCCUGGUGCUUCCAGGAAAGCAUCUGGAGCAGUCGCAGCAGCUGCAGCAGGGGGGGCGGAGGAAGGGCUAGGGACUGAAAGGGAGGCUGGGGGAGCGCCGAGAGCAGAACCAAAGAGCAGGCUCGGCGGCGUGCCCAGGCCUGGUGCGCACCCAGCAACGCGCAAGGUGCAGCGGAAACGAGCAGCAGCGGCAGCAGCAUCAGGAGGAGGAGGAGACGACAAGGACGAUAUUGAUCCCAUGGACCCGUCUUCGUAUUCGGAUGCUCCCCGGGGCGGAUGGGCUGUGGGGCUGAAGGGAGUGCAACCGCGAGCAGCAGACACCACUGCAACGGGUCCCCUGUUCCAGCAGCGUCCCUACCCCUCCCCCGGUGCUGUUCUCCGCCGCAAUGCUGAGCUGACAGGAGCAGGCGGAGCAGGAGGGAAAGGAGGAGCAGGGAAGGGCGACAAGGCCGGUCCCACAAUGCAGGGCUAUGCCGUGAUUCGCAAGCGGGGAGAUGGGAGCGAUGGGCUGGGCGAUGCUGAUUAG